AGUUGGGAUGUUCCGUCUUGAUUUAUGCUGAAUGUGGUGAAGAGAAUACAUCCGUUAUCUCGAACUGUAGCUAGAGAGCAAUGAUAAGUGAUAACUAAGUUAUGAAUUUAGUCUGAUUUCUCUCAAAUUGUACAGGAUUAGUAAUGCAGAAAGAGCAAAUAUCAGUUCAAAUCGGGAUUACUGAAAUAGCAAGGAAAAUAUAGGAUUCAGAUUUUAAAAUUUUUCUUUUAUUAUUUUUUCAUAAUAUUUUUAAAUAAUAUAUAUGUAAUAACAUGGUUCAAAUGACACGGUUCUGUCUGUUUGUCGCCUGUUUAUUUCAAAUGGUUUUGUCAAGUACUUUAAAAAAGAUUUUCACUGAAGGUGAAAAGGCAACAUUAGAAUGUAAUAGUCGGAAUAUAUUUCCAGUGAAAGGAGUAUAUUGGUUCAAAGAAAAGACGCUUUUGACCAAAAACAGAACAGUUGUCAGCUCUGAUGAACGCCAUACAAUUCAUAAUGAGAGGGAUUAUAUUUGGGAUUUGUCUAUUGCUGAUGUCAAAAAAGAGGAUAAAGGAGAUUAUUUGUGCAGAGUCGAAAGCACUGAGAGUAAAGUAACAAGUGUUUCUCUUGAUAUACACUACAAACCGGAAAUCAAAUCUGUAUUUAAUAAUAUAACACUUCGACGAGGAGAGGAUAAGACAGUAUCUUGUGUUGCUGAAGGGAAUCCGAAACCUUCUAUUUUUUGGCUGAAAGAUAAUAGACAACACUCAGAAGGGAAGGAUUUGAAAUUAAAAUCAGUAACUACAAAUUCGUCUGGAAAAUAUACUUGUAAGGCUAUGGUGAUUGGUAAAAAAGGAUUCCAAGAUCUUAAAUCUUUCAAUUUAGCCGUUACAGACAAGCCAAUUAUACAUAUACCGGCCGAACGUAUUGUUCAGAAGGAAGGUUCUGAUGCAGCUUUGAUAUGCUUUAUACAUGCUGUUGACCUCAUCCGUGGAUACUGGACAAGGAACGAGUUUGAAAGUAAAGUCCCGGAAAUGUUAUCACAACCAACUGAUCAGAUCGCAAAAAUCAAUUAUACUGCAAGAUUUAAUUGCACAGUAACUAAUCUUGCUCAUUAUAAUACAUUAAUAUGGUGGCAUUUCUCUUAUAAUGGAUGGUUUUUCAUUGCAUCUUCUGACAAAGCUCUAAUUUCAAGGGAAUCAUAUUUUAUGGGCGACAAGUAUGAUAUUGGUAGCGACUUUAGCCUAUCAAUAAAAAAUGUACAAGAAACAGACAGUGGUUCCUAUAUGUGUGAAGUAAAAAAUUUUAAAAAUUUUACAGCUGUAUUAACAGUUGCAGGUCAAGUCCACUGUUCAAGGGAAAUAGUUGUAAAGUAUGGAGACAACAGCGAAGCUUUCUGUCAAAUUCCAUAUAGUGGACCCAAUCCUGGUUGGCAGGCUAUUUGGAAAAGUGGAAAUUCUUCUUUUUCAGCAAUAUUUCAAAGUGAUUAUAAUAUUUACAAUGCAACACUAGCUUUUGCUGCAAUAGAUCAACAUAAAGAAAAAUACGUUUGUGAAAUUUCAAGCAAAGACAGGAAAUUUUUUACUACUUGUGAAUCUUCAAUCAUUAUAAAUGGUCAGAAUUCUGUUGCAUAUUAUUAA